CGCGCUACAACGCAGUGCAUUCACUCGGCUGUUGUGUUAAGUCACGAAAACGAGUAGUUCUGCUGACGCUACAUCGGUAAAAUUGUGUAAUUUUAAAUAAUAGUGGUGUAAAGUAACUUACGACAUUAAUAAAUUUAUUUCUAUAAUACAGCGCAUUUAUCACAAUGGACGCCACAAUGGAAAACAAAAUGGGUCUACCGCCACCAUAUGAACAGAUGCCACCGAAUCCGGUACCGCCACCAUCAUAUUUCGGGAACGAUCCGCCUCCACCAGAAGACCCUCCACGAACGCGUACUAUUGUAGUUACACAAAUCCGGGAACCGCCAUUAGGUCCUCCAAAACUUGGUCCAGGACCCACGGGAGCAUCAUGCCCAACUUGUAAUAAAUCAAUAGUAACUAGAGUGGAUUAUGUUCCUAACAAUCGAACACAUAUCGUGUCAGCUGCUCUUUGUGUUCUUGCAGGAUGCUGUUGUGGCUGCUUCCUGCCGUACUGCAUGAAAUCGUGCAGGACAGCGAACCACUACUGCCCAGCCUGCAAAGCCUUUAUUGGCUCCUAUCAGCCGUCGUAAAAGAAAAUAAACUAUGAAGAUAACAAGAACUAUGUUGAUGCAAAUUAAUUGCUAGGUCUCGUCUCGCAUAAAACCAAAGACGAUGAAAAAUAGGUUAUUGAACUUCAUUAAUAUGCUGACUCUUGCGUUCUUGAGACUGUAUAUUGGGUAAUUAAACGCCUAGAUAGAAUCGGAAUAAAUAAUUAGUAAUUUAAGUGAGAAUGUGAGCAAAAUAGAUUUUAUUACAGAUGACAAAUAAUUGAAAUAUUAAGAAUAGAGAAUUAAUUUUUAUAUUAUGUCGUAUGUUAAUAAUAUUGUAUGUUGGUGUGAAUGUAGGUACUUCAGCUAAUUGCUAGAAGUGUUUUUGUAUUUUCAUAAAUCUUUUGAAACGCCGACUAUAUUAUAUUAAAUAUUGUAAUAAUGAUAAAAUUGCUAUGUAGUGAUUUAAUUAUAGGUAGAUAUAUGUGGGUUUAUAAAUUUCAGAAUAAAAUAUCUUUCUAAUA